AUUUAAUGAUUUAUUUUCUUUAAUAUCAAAAAAUAUAUAAUUUAUAUUUUAAAUAUAUUCUUUACUUUUUGAAAUUUUUGAAAUUUUAAUAUAUAAAAUUUCGAAUUUUUUUUAAAUUUUCCAAAUUUAAUAUUUUAUUUUUUUUAAUAUCAAAAAAAUAUAUAUUAAAAUGUCGAGAGAGUCCGGUAGAAGGUCCGUGGAUAUGGGCGCCGUGAACCGAAGUUUGAGGAAAGGAAAAGCUAAAGCCUCCUCCGACGGUUCGACCUCACACGGUUCUCGAGGAAGACACUCCGUCUCUUCCUUUCCUACUAUCCCCGAUCAAUUCAUCGGGGACGGUAUUACGGAUGAAGAAUUCGACCAGAUUUCUUCUGGUAGAGGGGACGCGAAUCUCCCCACUCUUGAUAGUCUAUUCGAAGAUGUUGAUGAAGCAGGACUGGAUAAUCUGGACGGGGACAAGGAGCCUACACCGCACAGCAACGACGUCGACGUGGAGGCAGGUGAGCCCGAGACCUCUCGAGGUCCGGACAAAGCACAUAAUAAUUCUAGCUUCUUCUCUCAUUUGGCUCCUAGUUCUGUGGCUGUAGAUACUCGAAUCCAUCAGUGAUUCCUGUUCUACAUCAUUGGUAUCAGAGCUCCAUGUUCUUGUGAUCUGUGGAUCGACAAUGGCGCCAGCGAGAAAAGAUCAAGCAACCACCAUGGACGAGCAAAUCAAAAGCUUACAAGAAACAAUUCAGACGCAAUUCCAGUUGCAAAAUGAUUCCUAUCAACGACAAAUGAUGGAAUUGAGACAGGAGAUGAUGCAAAUGAUGACUCAACUCACUCAACGAAACGCUAAGGAGCGCGAAGAAGUCUCAUGAAUUGUCUCUCGAACCGCCAUACUCAGUGCAUUCGACGGCCAUGGAUAACAAUAAGCAUCAUUUGGGGGUCCAGCGUUGGAUUGCACCAUUGAUAUUGAUAAAAUACCUGGAAUGAAGUUAACCAUGAAAU